AAGGGGGUGCACCGGAUGGAGGCCAUGCUCUACGCCCUGGACCAGAUCAACGCCGACCCCGACUUGCUGCCCAACAUCACGCUGGGCGCCCGGGUCCUCGACACCUGCUCCCGCGACACCUACGCCCUGGAGCAGUCGCUCACCUUCGUCCAGGCCCUGAUCCGGCGCAAGGACACCUCGGAGGUCCGCUGCCCCAACGGCGAGACGCCCAUCCUGGCCCAGCCCGAGCGGGUGGUGGGCGUGAUCGGCGCCUCGGGCAGUUCCGUCUCCAUCAUGGUGGCCAAUGUCCUGCGGCUCUUCGCAAUCCCACAGAUCAGUUACGCCUCCACGGCCCCCGAACUCAGCGACAACAACCGCUACGACUUCUUCUCCCGGGUGGUGCCCCCAGACUCCUACCAGGCACAGGCCAUGGUGGACAUUGUCAAGGCGCUGGGCUGGAACUACGUCUCGACCAUCGCCUCCGAGGGCAACUACGGCGAGAGUGGAGUGGAGGCCUUUGCUCAGAUCUCCCGGGAAGCCGGGGGCCUGUGCAUCGCACAGUCGCUGAAGAUCCCGCGGGAACCACGGCCUGGCGAGUUCCAGAAGAUCAUCGGGAGGCUGAUGGAGACGCCCAAUGCCAGGGGCAUCAUCAUCUUCGCCAACGAGGAUGACAUCAAGAGGGUGCUGGAAGCAGCCCGCCUCGCCAACCUGACCGGGCACUUCCUGUGGGUGGGCUCGGACAGCUGGGGCGCCAAGGCCUCGCCCGUCCUACACGAGGAGGAGGUUGCCGAGGGAGCCAUCACUAUCCUACCCAAGAGGGCCUCCAUCGACGGUUUUGACCAGUACUUCACCAGCCGCUCUCUGCAGAACAACCGCAGGAACAUCUGGUUCGCCGAGUUCUGGGAAGAGGAUUUUGGCUGCAAGCUCAACCCGUCUGGCCCCCAAAAGGAGCCCCCUUUCAGGAAGUGCACCGGACAGGAACAGAUCGGCCGGGACUCCCCGUACGAGCAGGAGGGGAAGGUGCAGUUCGUGAUCGACGCGGUGUAUGCCAUGGCGCACGCUCUCCACGCCAUGCAGCGCGACCUCUGCCCCGGGAUGGAGGGGCUGUGUGGCAGGAUGGAUAGGGUGGACGGCCACACUCUCCUGCGAUACAUCCGUCAGGUCUCCUUCAACGGCAGCGCUGGGACCCUGGUGAUGUUCAACGAGAACGGGGACGCGCCAGGCCGCUACCACAUCUUCCAGUACCAGCUGAACACCAGCAGCCCCGGUUACCAAGUGGUGGGCCAGUGGACCGACCAGCUGUGGAUGAACGUGGAGGAGAUGCGGUGGGCGGGCGGUACACAGGACAUCCCGCCGUCGGUCUGCAGCCUGCCCUGCCGCCUGGGCGAAGCCAAGAAGAUGGUGAAGGGCGUGCCGUGCUGCUGGCACUGCGAGCCUUGCGACGGCUACCGCUACCAGCUGAGCGAGACCGAGUGCCAGGUGUGCCCGCUGGAGCAGCGGCCCAACGCCAACCGCACCGGCUGCGUGCCCACCCCGGUGGUGAGGCUGGAGUGGGGCUCGGCCUGGGCCGCCACGCCGCUCUCCCUGGCGCUGGCCGGCAUCGGCGCCACCCUGUUCACGGUGGGCACCUUCGUCCGGUACCACGACACGCCGAUCGUGCGCGCCUCGGGCCGGGAGCUCAGCUACGUCCUGCUGACCGGGCUCUCGCUGGUGUACGGCACCACCUUCCCGCUGCUGGCCGAGCCCAGCACCGCCGUCUGCGCCCUGCGCCGCCUGCUCCUCGGCCUCGGCACCAGCCUGACCUACGCGGCUCUGCUGACCAAGACCAACCGCAUCUACCGCAUCUUCGAGCAGGGCAAGCGCUCGGUGACCCCGCCGCCGUUCAUCAGCCCCUCGUCGCAGCUGGCCAUCACGGCGGCCCUGGCCUCGCCGCAGCUGCUCGGCUCCUGCAUCUGGCUGGCCGUGCAGCCGCCGCGGGCCGCCGUCGACUACGCGGAGGGCCGGGCGGCCGAGCCGGAGCUGGCCCGCGGCCUGCUGCGCUGCGACAUGUCCGAGGUGGCGGUGGCCGGCUGCCUGGCCUACAGUCUGGCGCUGAUGCUGACCUGCACCGUGUACGCGGUGAAGAGCCGCCGGGUGCCGUCGUCCUUCAACGAGGCCAAGCCGAUCGGCUUCACCAUGUACACCACGUGUGUGGUGUGGCUCGCCUUCGUGCCCAUAUUCUUCGGCACCGCGCAGUCUGCCGACAAGAUGUUCAUUCAGACCACCACCCUGACGGUGUCGCUGAGCCUGAGUGCCUCGGUCUGCCUGGGCAUGCUCUACGCUCCCAAGGUCUACGUCAUUACCUUCCACCCUGAGCAGAACGUCCAGCGGCGCAAGAGGAGCUUCAAGGCAGCAGCCACGGUGGCCAGCCUCGCCUCCCGCGUCACACACAGACUCACAGACAGACACACAUGUAAACACACCCACCAUGCACUCUGA